GCAGGCAGGAAGAGAGGUUUUCUGAUUCCCGGUACGCGGACGGGCUUCUUCUGUGUUCUGGAGAACGUGGAGUUUAUAUUUGCGGGCGCGCAUGGUUCUCCACGUUUACGCAAUCAACAACGGGGGGCGGGGUGGAGUGAAAUAAGGGGUGCGUGAAGUAAGGAGUGGAGUAAGGUGUACGAUUGCGCCUGUGUAUGUGUGUGUAUAUGUGUGUGCCUUUUUUUUUUUUCUUUUUUUCCUCGCGUCUUCCGGCGUAAUACGGCAUGUCCAGCGCAUGAGGCGUGCACACGUUAUAUACAUAGGUAGAUAGGAACGCACGAGAGGGAGGGGAGUGAAGAAGAGAGGAGGUAACCGGGGUCCUCCUAAGCGCGUCCGAAGUGCACACAUUUUGUACUGCACUAGCUAGACGAGAUUAAAAAGGGAGGAGGAGGAGGGGAAAGGAAGAUCGUAUGGGAUAUAUUGAUAACGCCCCUAAGUUCCUUGAUGAUUCGCGUCUUGUAUCCGGGAGAUCAUCCAGAGGUUCACGAUAGAGAGGAACAUUAGUCUCCAGCUUGCAUCUCUCUGGCUGCGCUUGCUUUUAUUAGAUCGUCGUCCAACGUUUCGUCACCGCGAGAGAAGCGUCUACCAAAAUCACUAUAAAUUGCAAGCUGACAGAUAAACAUCCUUGAGCAUGAUGUCUUCGCAACAGUACUGCCUCCGAUGGAACAAUCAUCGCUCGAUCUUCGAGGAAUUGCUGCACAACGCGGCGUUCACCGAUGUCACCCUUGCUAUCGAUGAGGGCAGAACAAUCAAGUGUCACAAGAUCGUGCUGGCUGCGUGCUCGACGUAUUUCCAGACUUUAUUUCAUCAACUAUCAGGCUAUAAUCAUCAUCCAAUAAUCAUCCUUAAAGACGUUGGGUUUCCGGUGUUAAAGGCGAUAUUGGAAUACAUGUAUCGCGGCGAGGUGAACGUGGCGCAUGAACAGUUAUCCGAUCUGCUGAAGAUCGCGCAACUACUGAAGGUAAAAGGCCUGGUUGAGGAACACGGCACCAGCGAUACGCCGAAUACGUCGCACGAUCUUCGCCCUGAGGAUACGUCGCCGCCACCCGAUAUCAGUACCAGCACCAACACCGGCGGUAGUGGCGGCGUCAGCCAUUCGUCACCGCCGUCUUACUACUCCCUUUACGGGAACGAUCGUUCAAAUCACCUGGCAAGCUUAUUACCAAGUACGUGGUUGUUACAUUCCACGGGCCAUCAGCUUCCAACAUCGCUCUCCGGAAAUGGCGGCAGUAGCAACAAUAGUGGAUCCUACGACAACGGUAUCGAAAUCUCGCCGUUUAAACGCCGGAAGAUGCUGCAGCCUCCACCAGGCCUGCUGAUAAAUAACGACACGCCGAUAUUGCGCACGGUACUUGGCCAGGCUCACGUUGACAGUUCGCAGGCUCUGCCGCUGUUGCAGCAGCCAGACAGCCAUGAACCAUUUAACUACCGCAACGCGAACAGCAAUGGAUCUGCUAACGACAGCGACAACCGCCGCAACAACGACCUGGUUCACGGUGAAACGACGGUCCAUGCCGAUGCCUCCUACGCAGACGAAGACGAAAGACAACCGUCCCCGCAGUCUUAUCCAGAUACUGCAAGAAAUUCAGCUGUCGCGGACUGCGUUCAGCCGAAACCCGAAUGGAAACGCUAUAAGCAGUACACUCGAGAUGACAUCAGCGCGGCGAUCGAGGCAGUGAGAAAAGGUAUGAGCGCCGUUCAAGCAGCGCGAAAAUACGGCGUGCCAUCGCGUACGCUUUACGACAAAGUGAAAAAGCUGGGCAUCCCUACAUCGCGGCCAUUCAAGCGCUCAGCAAGCAACGGAGGAAGCGGGGCUUGUUUCCCGUAUGGCAUCGGCGCCAACGUGAACGGUGCUCUUUAUGACAACAGUGCCGGCAGUGCCAAUGCCCUCUCCGAAAAUGAGAACGAGAGUAACAUCGUCACUGAGAGUUUGGCCGGCACGAGUGCCGCAGUUUUCGAAGCCACGCAUCCAAAGACGAAGGAUUUAUCGCGGGAUUUAAUGUCAGACUCGAUGGCCCGUUGCAGCUCGAGUCCGGUGAUACGUUGCGUUAAGCAAAGACAGCAGCAGCAGCAACAGCAGGACCUGGACGAUCAAGUAGAGGACUUGUCGGUGAGUCGCAAAUCCGACGUUCCAGUGAUAGUACCGCCAUCCGCUACAUCGACCGCGAUUAAAGACGAGACGCAGGAAACAGGAUUGGAUAGUAACGACUGUUGCGAUUAUAGUUAACUUUUACAGCCCAGUGAUGGAAGAUAAUAAAAUACGAAUAGGUCAAUUUACAGCAAGCUCAAUUUCGUAAAACAAAGUUAAAUUCGUGCUCGUUUUUAAAUAUUCUGUCUUUCAUCUUUUACGAUUUUUUUUUUUUUUUCAUACUAAACUUCCAUAUUAAACUUCGUAAAGUCGUAAUGAACUUCGUGUCCGAUGAACGAUGAAAAAGUCUAUCGAUUAGGCAUCUUGAAUAGCCGAUUUCGUAUUACUUUCACAAUUUUUCUUAUUUCUAUUUCUCUAACAAAUUGCAUUAAAUCUAUUUUGACAUUGAGCUCCUUAUUACUCCAUCUCGUAUAUUGGUUUAUUACGAUUGCAGAAUUUCCUUUAUCGCAUUUCUUUACCGAGCGUGCGUUUUCAUUCCGGAUAGUCGAAAAUAGAUUUUGCAGAGUAUCCACCACAAAUUUCAUCAGUAGAACGUAACAGAACAAAUGUAGAAUAUGAAUAUGAUAACUGAUUGACCGCAGAAACCGAGCAAUAUCUUUCAUUCUGUAAUCAUAUAAAUGACAUAUUCUAUUUUUAUGAAUUUAACGAAAUGACAAAUUCUGCUCGAUUUCUACUGGCAAUCAAAUCAUGUCGACAAGCAAAACACGAAAUUAACGCGGACGUAAUUGACAUCAAUUUGCUGCAAUAUUCUUCUCGAAUGUGUAGGUGCGCAACAUUUUGCUGGGACGUUUUAUACGUAUAUCUGUAAUUCUUUGGAUAUACAUUUUGAUACAAAAAUGUAAA